CUUCUGCGGCGGAACCCGGAGUUCUGAUUAACCGGGUUCCGAGCGGGCCUCAGUCUGCAGUUGGGGUCGCCUUGCCGACCCCGGGGGUUCGCAUAAAUAUGGAAGCGCUGGGCCCCCGAAGGUUCACACGCUAGGUCUGCACCGGCCAGUACCAGAGCCGCUUGCCGUGUAGGACAGCCCGAAUCUGUGGCUCGCUAUUUCCGUGGAGCUGCGCUGCCCCAAGGACAGCAGAUGUCAGAUUCUACCCUAAUUGUUUUAUAUUCAUUAGAGGAUUUGAGAUUUGAUGUCCAAAACCCUAUUGUGUAGAUGUUACUCUGCUUGUUUCAUAAAUGACAGAAGGCGGCAUUAAAUAAGUUGUCCAAAUUCAUUGUAGCCGGUGAGUAGUGGAGGUAGGGUAAGAACUAAGGCAACCUUGUUUCCAGAGUUCUGUUUUCUAAAUGCUUUGUGCACGCUUAUGUUUUAAGAAGAAGAUCCGAAAAAUGGCAAGGAGCAUCAGAGUUUGAGUAGGCCGAAAAUAGAAAAGAACAUGGAGACAGAUAUAAUUGCAGAUCUCCGAUGCAAGCUAAAAGAAGUUGAAGAAGAGCGACUAAAAGCUGCACAGUAUGGUUUACAACUUGUGGAGAGCCAGAAUGAAUUGCAAAAUCAAUUGGACAGAUGUCGUAAUGAAAUGAUGAACAUGACUGAGAAUUAUGAACAAGAAAAAUACACUCUUCAGAGAGAAGUUGAGCUCAAAAAUCGAAUGUUAGAAAGUUUGAGUUCUGAAUGUGAAGCUAUUAAACAACAACAAAAAAUGCACCUUGAGAAAUUAGAAGAGCAGCUGAGCAGAAGCCAUGGACAGGAAGUGAAUGAACUAAAAAAUAAGAUAGAGAAACUGAAGGCAGAAUUAGAUGAAGCUAGGCUUAGUGAAAAGCAGCUGAGGCACAAAGUAGAGCAUCAAAAGGAACUCCUUUCUAGUAAAUCAGAAGAAAUGCGGAUGAUGUCUGAACGUGUACAUGAAAGUAUGUCUUCUGAGAUGCUGGCCCUUCAAAUUGAGCUUACUGAAAUGGAAAAUAUAAAGACCUCCCUCAAAGAAGAAGUCAAUGAACUGCAGUACAGACAAGAACAGCUGGAACUUCUUAGUACAAAUUUAAUGCGCCAAGUAGACUGCCUUAAAGAAGAAAAAGAGGAGCGAGAGAAAGAAGCAGUUUCUUACUAUAAUGCCUUAGAGAAAGCUCGUGUAACAAAUCAAGAUCUUCAGGUGCAGUUAGACCAGGCUCUCCAGCAAGCCUUGGACCCCAAUAGUAAAGGCAACUCUUUGUUUGCAGAGGUAGAAGAUCGAAGGGCUGCAAUGGAACGUCAGUUUAUCAGUAUGAAAGUCAAGUAUCAGUCACUAAAGAAACAAAAUACAUUUAAUAGAGAGCAGAUGCAAAGAAUGAAGUUACAAAUUGCUACAUUGCUACAAAUGAAGGGGUCCCAAACUGAAUUUGAACAACAAGAACGGUUGUUGGCCAUGUUGGAGCAGAAGAAUGGUGAAAUUAAACAUCUGUUAGGGGAAAUUAGAAAUUUGGAGAAAUUUAAGAGUUUAUAUGAAAGUAUGGAAUCUAAGUCUUCAUCCAACUCUGGUAUUGUGGAAGAUAGCACCUAUUACACAGAUUUACUUCAGAUAAAGCUUGACAACCUAAACAAAGAAAAUGAAAGCACUAAAGGUGAAUUGUCCAUACAAAGAAUGACAGCACUAUUUGAGAGCCAGCGGGCUUUGGAUAUUGAGCGAAAACUUUUUGCAAAUGAAAGAUGCCUCCAGGUUUCCCAGUGUGAAAAUAUGAAACUGAGAGCUAAACUAGAUGAAUUAAAACUGAAGUAUGAACCUGAAGAGAAAAUUGAAGUGCCUGUACUCAAAAAGAGACGUGAGAUACUGCCUGUGGGUAUAACCACCCCUAAGGAUGAAUUUGCCAGCAGUGCUGUUGGGGAAGAUGUUUAUAGAUUACCACUUCAGAAAGAGGAGGCCAAGUCCUGUCUGAGCAGUUUAGAAAAUAACAACUUGCAAUUAAAAAAGACAGUUCCUGUAAACACACCAGGAGUCAUUUUCUCUCCUCACAAAAACCUGCCUAUGGAUAUACAAUCAGGAAAGGAAAAGAAAUGUGUGACACUUAUAGGAGUUCCAGAUGACUCUGAAACCUUAAGUGAAAGAAGUGGAAACACGCCUAACUCUCCCAGGUCAGUGUCCUCUUUUGUUCAAAGCAGUGAGCAGACCUCUCCAUCUCUUUUCUGUCGCUGCGUGAACUGUAUUAUCUCUUUCUUUGUCUAUUUCCUUAUUAUUGCUUGCAAUAUAAUCCCCCAAUUUCAUAUGCCUAUGUUCAACUUUUAUAAAACUUUAAGAAAGACUAAAGUGAUUGCAAGGGGAAAGGAUUCCUAAAUAGAAUGAUUUUUUAAGUUAGACUUUUCUGUUUCUUGAAACAGAAAUACCAAAGGUCUAGUGCAUCUCUAAAUGUUUUGAUUUGAAUAAAGAUACCAGUUUUUGCUUUUAGGGUUUUUUUUUUUUUCCCCCUGGUUCAAGAGUGACUGGAAAAAAAGUUUAACUUACCUUCUAAAAGGGCUGAGCAGUAGUCUAAGAAAUUUGUGUCACAGAAAAUUUAGGAGAAAUAUUUAAUGAUUUUUGAAACUUUAUCUUAAGAUUUCAAGGACAGAUUUUGAUACCUAUUUUAAUGUUUUACACUAAAACCUCAAAGCCUCUAGUUUUGCAUACUUGAGUUUGUGACUUAAAAGCAGAAGUGUCAGCUGAACAUGUCUGUCUGUAGGAAUUUUUGUUUUCAGGGCAUUAUCCUUUAAAAAGUUCAAUAAAGACCAUAAGGUAAGAGAAAGGAAGUAGAAGGAAAAGGCAGGUAAUAGUAACUAAAGGCAGGGUAGAAUUGGGUGCUAAACACAAGUUCUGCAGGUGUACAGCAGGAGCAUGAUUAAGUAAAAAAGUAAAUGAGGAACUUAGAAGGUAAAAAGAUAAUAAAAGAUUAAAAAUAUUUUAGUCUGUAUGCAAUGGAGAGAUCGAUGGAUUUAAAAUAAGUAUAAACAUUAAAAAAAA